AUGAAUCUAGAACUGCUCGAGUCUUUUGGGCAAAAUUAUCCAGAGGAGGCCGAUGGGACGCUGGACUGCAUCAGCAUGGCGCUCACCUGCACUUUCAACCGCUGGGGGACCCUCCUGGCGGUGGGCUGCAACGACGGCCGCAUAGUGAUCUGGGAUUUUCUGACGCGCGGAAUUGCAAAGAUCAUCAGUGCUCACAUACAUCCUGUCUGCUCCUUAUGUUGGAGUCGAGACGGCCACAAGCUGGUGAGCGCGUCGACGGACAACAUCGUAUCACAGUGGGACGUGUUGACGGGUGACUGUGAUCAGCGCUUCCGCUUCCCCUCGCCCAUCCUGAAGCUGCAGUGCCAUCCUAGAGAUAUGGACAAAGUGCUGGUUUGCCCCAUGAAAUCAGCGCCGGUGCUUCUGACCCUGUCGGACUCCAAACAUGUGGUCCUGCCUGUGGAUGACGACUCGGACCUGAACGUGGUGGCAGCCUUCGACAGGCGGGGCGACUACAUAUACACCGGCAACGCCAAAGGAAAGAUUCUGGUGUUGAACACGUUUACUCAGGACCUGGUGGCGUCCUUCCGAGUCACCACCGGCACCAGCAACACCACCGCGAUAAAAUCCAUUGAAUUUGCACGCAAGGGAAGCUGCUUCCUCAUCAACACGGCAGACCGCAUCAUCCGCGUGUACGACGGCCGGGAGAUCUUGACCUGCGGCCGCGACGGGGAACCGGAACCCAUGCAGAAGCUCCAAGAUCUCGUCAACAGAACUCCGUGGAAACGCUGCUGCUUCUCCGGGGACGGCGAGUACAUUGUGGCCGGCUCGGCACGCCAGCACGCACUGUACAUCUGGGAGAAGAGCGUGGGAAACUUGGUCAAGAUCCUGCACGGGACCAGAGGGGAGCUGCUGCUGGACGUGGCCUGGCAUCCCGUGCGCCCCAUCAUCGCAUCCAUCUCAAGCGGAGUGGUCUCCAUCUGGGCCCAGAAUCAAGUGGAAAAUUGGAGCGCGUUUGCGCCUGAUUUCAAAGAGCUGGAUGAGAAUGUAGAGUACGAGGAGCGAGAGUCUGAGUUCGACAUCGAGGACGAGGACAAGAGCGAGCCAGAGCAGACGGGUGCGGACGCGGCUGAGGACGAGGAGGUGGACGUCACCACCGUGGAUCCCAUUGUGGCGUUUUGCAGCAGCGACGAGGAGCUGGAAGACUACAAAGCUCUGUUGUACCUUCCCAUCGCCCCCGAAGUGGAGGACCCCGAGGAGAACCCCUUCGGCCCACCUCCGGACUCCACGCAGCAGGCGGGGCCUGCUGAGGAUGCACAGGCGGGGGGCGACAAGAAGCAGCGGCCGCCGUCGUCCGAGGGAGGGCCGGCCAAGAAGAAGGCACGCACCACCAACAUUGAACUGCAGGGAGUGCCGGUUGACGAGGUGCACCCCCUGCUGGGCGUGAAGGGCGACAGCAAGUCCAAGAAGAAGGCGGCGGGCCGGCCCAAAGGUUCCAAAGGUAAAGACAAAGAUUUCCCCUUCAGGCCCAAGCCCUACAGGGGGGGCGAGCGGCCUUCCUUUGCCUUGGACGUCCUGGCUGCUUCUGGCCCGCCAGGCGGAGGCGGAACCGGAGGAGGCGGAGCGAUGAAGGGCAGGGCAGAGGGGGGCCUGGCUACAGGGACGCUAGUGACUCAGCCAUACAAGCAGCACGACAUCGGAGGCAUGGACUGA